UCCUAUGGACACGCCUCCGGUGGGAGAGCAGCCAGAGCGGCGUUGCUCCGAUCGGCAGACAUAUAAUUGCUCUCACAAAUUGACGGGUAAGUUCAAAUACCUGAAACAUGAGGCACGUCAUCCUCAAAUUAGCCACAACUGGCGGCAAAAUCACGAAGAUAUAUGUUCAGGAGGGGGCACGAAGAUGUAAGUUAAAAGUAGAUUAUCCAUAGAGGCAAAUUUAAAAUUAAGAGGGUGGACAAGCUCAUAUUGUGGUCGGCCUCUGCGCGGAGCAAAGCAAGAAUCCUGUGUUCUUCGGGUUUGACUCAUCCAGUGGACAGGAGAAGGUGAUUCUGGAUUUUCUCGAUGAAAAGCGUGCUCGAGAGUUUCUUUUCCCAUGCUGGUCCCUCUUGAGUAUUGCUGCCACAAUCAGAUACAUGAAGGGUUGUGGUGACGAGGGGAAGGGACAGUCUGAUGCCUCAAUGGGUUUAGUGAAGGAUUAUUUUAUCAAAGAUGAAGGGGAGAUGAAGAAACUGAGUUUGGCAGACGUAGCAAAGUUAAUUGAGACGUCUGCAGUAAUGGGAGUUACGGUACUUUGUCUUCAAGAGAUGUUGAUGGAUCAGGUGGAGUGGCUACCUAUCUCUUUAGGGAAUCUGUCUAAUCUUGUUACUCUAUGUUUAGGAGAAAACAAAAUAAUGGCUCUUCCGACCACAAUCAGUUGUCUCAAAUCCUUGAAGAAAUUGGACAUUCAUUCAAACCAACUGAUAAACCUGCCUAGUUCCUUCGGGGAACUCUCGAUGCUGAGUGAUCUCGACUUACAUGAUAAUCGCAUGAGAUCUUUACCGACCACUUUUGGAAACCUUUCAAGCCUCAUAAAUCUUGAUAUCAGUAGAAAUAGAUUUUCUGCACUUCCAGAAACUAUUGGAAACCUAACCAAUCUGAGAAUGCUAAAUAUAGAAAACAAUGAUAUGGAGGAACUCCCUCAAACGAUUGGGUCUUGCUCUUCUCUUCUUGAGCUUAGAGCCAAUUGCAAUACACUAGAAGCGCUUCCAGACACAAUAGGGGAUCUCAAUUCUUUGGAGAUUUUGACUGCCCGCUACAAUAGGAUUGAGAGGUUUCCACCAACCAUGGCACCGUUUGCAAAACUCAAGGAACUUGACAUCAGUUUUAACAGUCUUGAAUCAGUACCUGAUAGUUUGUGCCUGGUUACCAGCCUUGUGAAGUUAAAUAUAGGAAAGAAUUUUACAGCAUUGAAGUCAUUACCUGUUUCAAUUGGUAACCUCGAGUUGCUGGAAGAAUUAGAUGUCAGCAGCAACCAGAUUAGAGCCCUACCAGACUCUUUUGCAAUGCUGUCAAAUUUACAAGUGCUUCAUGCUGAUGAAACACCACUGGAGUUGCCACCCCAAGAUAUUGUGAAGUUGGGGGCUCAGGAAGUUGUAAGAUACAUGGCUGAGCAUGUCACGGAGAGGGAUAAGGAGACACGGCCCGAUAAUGGAAGUUGUUUCUGCUUUUGGUUUCUCUCCUUUUGUUCAAAACAGCAAGCUGAAAAAGCGUCAGGAUAGUUUUUUCUUGUCGCAAAUAGAGUUCGUGUUGCUGUUAUACAUCUUUGUUGGUUCAUUAUUUAUGUAACACUUAUACAAGGGCUGUAGAGAGCAGUUCAGUUGUACUAUAAGGUAUAAGGUUCUCUGUUUUGUACAUAUCACAGCCAUGUAGCUAUUAGUUUGUACUGGAUCCACUUAGGAAAACAUGGUGGAAGGCUUGUAAACAUACCAAGGAUUACCUGUAUAACCCACUCUUAUCUCAUUGGAAGAAAACCUCUGUUUCAUUCAUUUAAAUGUGUUUUU